AUGGGAGGUGGCCGAGACAAACGUAUAUCACGCUCCAUCGUCUUCGCCAUCCUCAGCGACGACGAAGCUGGGUCGCGAUCCCGCAUCCAGAUAUGGCGGCCGGUAGUCAAGUUCUUCAGACUUUACGGCCUCACUCUAGCGAGACUGCGCCCAGAAUUAUUUCGAAAACUGCGUACCGAGACCUGGGGCCUGUCUGACGACGAGUACAAAUCCAGCUUCAGGGACACGGACUCGCUGGUACCAAAGGGAGAUAUGGGAUAUUCAGGAUCAACAUUCUUCACAACGGCUGACAACAAGUACAUGAUCAAAUCCAUCCCACGUCAAUUCGAACACUCCUUUUUCCGAGACGACCUGCUCGAACCAUACGUCACACACAUGCAAACACAUCCAACCUCCCUCCUGGUUCGCAUCACAGAUUUCCUAGGCUGGCGAUAUAGCAGUAUUGGCGGAAUGUUGAGUCUUGCCCCAGCCUACCACCUUGUCAUGGAAAACCUGCUGCAUGGCCAAAGCGACAACUCCAAGUGGCAGACCUUCGACCUGAAACCGACGUCGUAUUUCUUUCCCGAGCGCGACAUUGCGGGUGGCAGACUGGCGAGCCAAGCGACAAAGUCCAAACUCGCAGAUGAGUUCACAGACAAACUCGUCCUAAGCCAAGAACAAGCCGACUCAUUCUUUCAGGCUCUCGAAGCAGACACAGAACUGCUGGCCAAGAACAACGCCGUGGACUAUAGUCUCAUGCUGGUUCGGAUUCCACGAGACUCGUCGACUCCGACGCAAGACAACCCUUUCAGUGAUCCGCCAAGCUGGCGAACGGGUAUACCCUCGCAGGAUCACAAGUGGCUGAUUCGUGCUGUCAUAUUGGAUUUCUUCUGGGCAAAGCACAAAGUCCAUGCAAAGGCCAUGACGUUCUUGAUCAAGGCGUGGAAUUUGGUUGAUCGAAAAGGUCCGAUGAGUAUCACGACGGAAGCACCAGAGUAUCGAGGGCGAUUCUUGGAGAUGUGUAGGGAGAUGGUGGAGAUCAAAGAGAAUGUGGUGGAUGGUGGGUGA